AUGCCCUCUGACAUGCAGGUUUUUGUGAAAUGGAAGGACCAGACGAUAUUUGCCGGUGAGGAUGUCGAGUGCACGAUCACCUUCAAGAACGUGGCGGAAGCCAGCGGCAGCCCCGAGGCCAGCAACGGGCACGAAUUUCACCUGUCGCCGCAACAUCAACGGCGACAGUCUCGUACUGCCAAUGGCGGGGGAUCCAACUCGGAGUCGUAUUUCUCGUUGAAAUCGCCGCAUUACCCCUCGUUCUUCAGCCACGCUCGACGUUCGUAUCCGUCCAGUCCGCGAAAGACGCCGGCGCCCCUGAACAACAACCGCACCCAUCGUCUCUCCUCCUCGACCGGCUCUCCGCUCGGCGGCUCGCACAGCUUUCCUCCUUUACAUACUCCGACAACACCCCGUAGUUGGCAGUUGCCUGGUGAUAGACACAAGAGAUCGGUUUCUAUUCUCUCGAUUGACAGCGAGGGUGGCAGCGAGAGAAGCCCAGGGUUGGGCCCGCAGUUCGGGCGUUCUAACCCGGUAAGAGGCCAUGGCAGGUCUGCAAGCGUGCAGGUUGCGCCUCGACGAAACGAUGGCCUUCCUCAGGACAAUUUUACAAAAGCCGGCCGAACUCCUACUCGAGGACUGUCGUCUACAGAAUUUACUACCAACCCAUUGACUGCAAAUACGCAGGUAGAGGGAGAGACGCCUGGUAGAACGAGUCGCCUUGGGUCAGAUGCGAGUAACCCAGCCGCAGUACCAGCGGGACCAGGGAAGUCGCCCGUUCGGCGAGGGAAGCCGAUGCCGAUCGAUUUCAAGUUCCCUGCGACGCCGCCUACCAUCAACGAGCCGAACGGCCGUCACAAACCCAUCCCUUCGCCGUCUGAAAAGUCGAACGGCGAGUCGACAGCCUCGGCCAUUCCGUCAAAGCACGGUGCGCGGGGCACCACAGCUGCUCCUCCACCGGGCCACCUGCCCCAGCUGACCCGAAUCAUAUCUACAUCCAGCGUGAACGGAAGCAAUCGAAGCAGCGGCGAGUUUUAUUCCAUCAGCGACAACAAUUCUUCGGAAACAUUGGCCUCGGAGUAUACAAACUACUCUGCCGCUCCCACCCGUCCUGCCAACCCGCGCCAUAUGCGGAACUUCUCAAGUGUCGACGCGGCAGCCAGGUCGGCCGAUGCCCAGGCAUUGCUGAUGGGCUAUGCCCAGAUCAGUGCCUCGUUCACAGUCGACGGCUCGCUCAUCAACCAAUCCGCCUUUGAAGAUGUCAAACGAAAAGGAGUUGUCGGAGGGCAAAGCAAUGGAGGACUGCUCCCUGGAGGAGCGGCGGUAGGUGGAGGAGGGAGUCCAGCCAACCGUGAGAAAGCCCGGAAAGGUGGCGGCUUUUGGGGCUCGCUGGGAUGGAACAGUAUCGAAGAAUCCAUCAGUGGAUUGCUUUCAAACAACGAACUCGACGGCCUCCGUGAUAUGCGAGGGGUAACGUCUUCGAGGUCCAUCCCGCUCCUUUCGACCCCGCAGUCACUUUUGUUUGUCGACCUGCGACUUGCCCCAGGCGAGGAGCAGUCGUUUUCCUUUUCUUUCACCUUGCCGCGCGGCCUGCCUGCAAGUCACAGGGGCAAGGCCAUCAAAAUCUCCUACAAUCUUGUUAUCGGCACUCAGCGGCCGAGCGGUCCGCAUGAGCCCCAGCGUGUCAACCGUAUAAAUAUACCAUUCCGAGUAUUUAGCGGCGUCAAUGGUCAAGGGACCAUUCUCGGCCAUGAUUUAAUGGCACCCUAUGUGUUGCUUCGAGAUGAAGCACGAGUACAAAAGAUCGGGCCGACCCUGCUCGCUCCCCCAAGGAAGAAAAACAUCAGUGGGCAGACCUGGAGCUCUGCCCCCGAGUUUCUGUCUUAUGUGGACGGCAUACUCGAGCAGCGCGCUCGAGAAAACUCGCUCCAGCCCCCGAGUAUGGGCCACGACCGACGGUCAAGCUAUGAAGUCCCUCGCACCUUCAUUUCUUGCAAGGACGCGAUCGAUUUUGCGAUCCUACGCAGCAAUCAAGUCGUGGAUUCAGCGCGCAGUAAGAAUCGCUUCGAGAUCGCCCGCAAUGGGCGCCGGAUCGCGGUAGUGGUUUUGAACCGACCAGCCCAUCGACUCGGAGAAACCAUCAUCGCGGCUGUGGAUUUCACCGGCUCUGCCCUGCCAUGCUACGCUCUGCGAGCGACUCUAGAGACCUCGGAGAAAGUGACCCCCACCCUCGCUGUGCGUUCAAACUCGAGCAUCUACCGCGCGACGCGCCGUGUCCAUGCCUCUUUCUUCGAGAAUACUCUGUACUCGACCCGAGUGGUUUUCAGCCCCGCGAUCCCCAUUUCCGCGACCCCGACGAUCUUAACCAGCGGGGUUACCGUCGACUGGGAGCUGCGGUUCGAGUUCGUCACCACCAGCGCCCACACCGAGUCUAACACGCACGUGUCGGGCGCGGCGCUGCUGGAAACUCUCUCACAGGAUAACAGAGGCAGCAUAUUAGGCGCCUUGGAGAGCAUGCAAUGCGAAUCGUUUGAGAUUGCCAUCCCCAUCACGGUCUACGGCGAGACGGUCAAAGAGCUGCUCCCAGAGGAGAAUGAGGGCUAUUCCAUCUGA